UUGCGAGUCAUUCCGUCGGGUCAAAGUAUUCCAGAUUAAACGAUAACGAGAAUUGGUUGAUGUUUAUAAGCCGCUGCUCGGCGUGCUACGGUUUAAUUCGUGAGUGGGUUUUGUUGACCGAAAUUAACUGCGCCGCGUUGAGUGGAUAAUGGAGUCGCUUUUCAAGAGCGAUGCGGAGGUAAAGUCGAGUUUGGCGUUUCUGAAAUUCCCCGCGCUGCGGGAUCAUCCGCGGCACACCGGCGACAUUUGGUUGAAAGGUAAACGCAUCGACGAUGAGCUUGGUAAUUUAUGGCGGAUUCACGACGGGUUGUACGACUUCAGCGAAUUUGCAUCGAUACAUCCAGGUGGGCAAGACUGGAUUGACCUGACAAGAGGAACUGAUAUUACUGAAGCAUUCGAAGCGCAUCACAUCCGUGCAUAUCCUGAAACACUCCUGAAGAUAUACUUUGUUGAACAAGCAACAACUCCACGCAAUUCUCCGUUUACUUUCCAUGAGGACGGUUUUUAUAAAACAUUGAAGCGUCGUGUGAGGAAAGUAUUGAAAGAUGUCCCUCAAGAAGCCUCGAAAAUCAGUGAUAAGUACGCGGAUGGUACACUGGCUGCAUAUGUUGUUUUCGCCAUGAUGGCGGCGCAAACAGACAGUUAUAUCAUCGCCGCCAUUGCUGGACUCUUCUUAAGUAUGACUACGAUCAUCGCACACAAUUAUUUCCACCGCAAAGACAACUUCCGCAUGUAUUACUUCGAUUUAAGCUUGAUGUCGUCCAGAUCGUGGCGUAUUACGCAUGCGCUCAGUCAUCACAUCUACACGAAUACUGUGUAUGAUUACGAAAUAUCAUUCGUUGAGCCGUUCUUUCAAUACCUACCGAUGGAGAAACCACUUUUGGUACGCUACGGAUCAUGGUUUUAUGGUCCUGUUGUUUUUGCGCUGACGUUUAUUGCAUCGUAUAUUCGCAUGCUGCUGCAGGUACACGAAGAUGGCUUGCAUACAUUUCGUAAAGAAGCGUUGUUACCAUUUAUAAUCCCCAUUCUAAUGUACUUAACAUCGAAUAGAACGGUAAUUGAGGUCGCCAUCUUGUUCGGGAUUAUCGCAAUUGCCGGCGGGACGCAUUUCAGCACCGUUGGAAUUAAUGCAGCUCAUCACCAUCCGAAGAUAUUCCACGACGGGGAUAAACCCAGAAGUGAAACAUUGGAUUGGGGAUUACAUGAACUAGAUACAGUUGCUGAGCGCUCAGAUAUCAACUGGUCGCAUUAUUUGGUGAUUACGAAUUUCGGAGAACAUUCACUACAUCAUUUGUUCCCGACUUUGGACCACGGAAUGUUGAAGUAUUUGCAUCCGUUGGUAAUGGAGGUGUGUAAGGAGUUUGAUGCUGAGAUUCGUGAGCGUACACAAUUGAAACUCAUGGCUGGGCAGUAUUUACAAUUGGCUCGAGUAAAACCAUCUGAGAGUUAUGCGGAUCGAAGUUCAAGUAAAUCUAAGCGCAACCAGAAAGGUUAAAAAAUUGAUUAUUUUUAUCAGUUUAAACUCUUCAACGAAUAAUUUCAUAUUUUUCUCGGGUUGUAGACUUAGUUAUCUUGUUUUUAUUAUAAAGUUAAUGUUUAAACUUUGUUAUUGUUGGUAUAGUAUCAUACAAAUUUAUUACUUAGUAAUAUAUAUGUGAAAAGAUUGUUUGGAUGAAUAUUGUAUAGAUAUAUAUGAUCCAGUUUGGUGCAUCAUCCAAAUCAGACAUAAAAUGACUGUUAAAGAUGAUUAUUUCGGCCCUGGUUGAUUACAAAACUUAAUUCUAGGCGAAGAAAGUCAGAAAAAUUAGGAUUUUAUCGAAAUGGAUGACAUUUGUGUAUUUUGUUGCUAAUUACGUUGUAUUUAAUAUGCGCAAAUUGCAUUUUUCUAUGACAAAUGAUUGAUUGAGUAAGGUUAUGUAUGAAUGAUUGCACAAUCAUUUUAUAAAAACUUGCAACAGUGA